AUGAUUGAGUUCGAAGAAGAUAAUAAUGUUUCUCAAGCCAUUCUCGACCAGGCUAAGGCACAGGCCGAAGAACAAGCUAGAAGCAAGCAACAAAUUCAAAUGCCAAACGAAAUCGAAGGAAUUGAUAAAGAAGGAUUAGAACAAACAGAAUAUUUAUUAAUUCAAGAAUAUCUCCAAUCUAUUGGAUUGGUUACAGCUCCAGAAGUUCUUCGUUAUGAAUCACUUCAUCCUACAAUUAAAGAAGAUCGUAGAACAUUAGCACAACGCCUAAAGCUUAGAAGCUAUGACAAAACACCAUUACUUGUUCAGCUUAUAGCCCAACGUCUUGAACAAUUAGAACGUCAAGAUAAGGCAAAUCAAUAA